UCUUUCUAGUAUCGCUUUCAAAGUGGUCUCGGCACACAAAAGCCGUGAGAAAACAAAUUCGACUCUGAAAUCAGAAUCUUCAAAAAUCCGAAAAAGAUUUGCGAUGGAAGCCGAAGAGACGCUAUUAGAAGAGCUCCUAGACGUUGAGGUCGAGAUUCAAGAUGUUGAAGAACAAAUAAAGACGUUGCUUGAAAGGCAAGAGAGAUUAUAUGAGAGACAAUCUGAACUAAAGGCCCUGCUGGAAGCAUCAAAAGGGUCUUUGCACCAGGUUAAAGAGGGUACUUCAACUACCGUGGAAAAUUGGUCUGGGCCUUUUGCAUGGGAUUCUGAAGCUGAUGAUAUUAGGUUCAAUGUUUUUGGAAUAUCUACAUAUCGUGCCAAUCAGCGAGAGAUCAUCAAUGCGAUCAUGAGUGGAAGAGAUGUUAUGGUUAUUAUGGCUGCAGGUGGUGGCAAGAGCCUCUGUUAUCAGCUUCCAGCACUUCUUCGUAAUGGAAUUGCACUUGUUGUCAGUCCUUUACUUUCUUUAAUACAGGAUCAGGUGAUGGGUUUGGCUGCUUUAGGCAUUUCAGCAAAUAUGUUGACAUCAACUACUAGUAAGGAUGAGGAGAAGUUCAUUUACAAGGCUCUUGAAAAGGGGGACGGAGAUUUGAAAAUAUUGUACGUGACACCAGAGAAGAUAUCAAAGAGCAAGAGAUUUAUGUCAAAGCUUGAAAAGUGUCAUCAUGCCGGUCGUCUCUCUCUGAUUUCGAUUGAUGAGGCGCAUUGCUGCAGCCAGUGGGGUCAUGAUUUUCGACCUGACUACAAAAACCUUGGUAUCCUCAAGACCCAAUUUCCCAAAGUUCCUGUGAUUGCUCUGACUGCAACUGCUACGCAGAAGGUACAGAACGAUCUGAUGGAGAUGCUCCACAUUUCAAGAUGCGUCAAAUUUGUCAGCACAGUCAACAGGCCAAAUCUCUUUUAUAUGGUACGAGAAAAAUCUUCAGUUGGCAAGGUGGUUAUUGAUGAAAUUGCUGAAUUCAUUCAAGAAUUUUAUCCAAAUAACGAAUCUGGGAUAGUUUACUGCUUCUCUAGAAAGGAAUGCGAACAGGUUGCGAAAGAGCUGCGGGCAAGAGGAAUUUCAGCUGAAUACUAUCAUGCAGAUAUGGACGUGAACGAUCGUGAGAAAGUUCAUACCCGGUGGAGCAAGAACAAAUUGCAGGUCAUUGUCGGCACGGUGGCAUUUGGCAUGGGAAUCAAUAAACCAGAUGUCAGGUUUGUCAUCCAUCACAGCUUGAGUAAAUCAAUGGAAACAUACUACCAGGAAAGUGGUCGAGCUGGACGAGAUGGUCUCCCUUCUCAGUGCCUACUUUACUUUCGGCCUGCUGACGUUCCUAGGCAGAGUUCAAUGGUUUUCUAUGAAAAUUCAGGACUGCAGAAUCUUUAUGACAUUGUCCGGUAUUGUCAGUCUAGAAGACAAUGCCGUCGAAGUUCAAUUUUCCGACAUUUUGCUGAGCCACUACAGGACUGUAAUGGGAUGUGUGACAACUGUGCACUAUCAAGUGAGGCUACAGAAAUGGAUGCCUCUUGUUAUGCAAAGCUUAUAAUUUCUUUGCUGCAAGAUGUACAAGAGAAUGAUCAGAGAUUGACAAUGUUGCAGCUGGUCGAUAAAAUUAAAUCUAAGCACAAGGAAGUAGGUCCCGACUUAAAGAGAGAAGAAAUGGAACAACUUGUCAUACAGCUUAUCUUAGAUCGUGUUUUGAAAGAAGAAUUUCAGCAUACAGCUUAUGCCACAAAUGCGUAUGUUACGAUAGGACCGCUGGCUAGGCAAGUAUUGCAAGGGAAGAGAAAUGUCACGCUUGAGAUUUGCAGCGGACAGAAGAAAGUAGCUCGUGGGAAAUCAGUCAAACACAGUCUUGCAUUCUCCGGUUUGGAAUUAAAGCUUGACGAGUUGCGGAAGGAACUCUCUUCUAUUCAUGGAGGAAUAUUUCCCCAUUCUAUUUUGUCUACUCAACAAAUCAACAUGUUAAGUGCCCAGAAACCAAAUUCAAUGGAAGAGUUGGAGAAGAUCAUUGGAAAACUGAAGACAGAGAAGUAUGGUAGUAAAAUUCUUGAACAAAUAAGGAAAUACGCAGAUUUGAACGAGUUGAAAGAACAAGGGAGUGAAGAGAGAGCAACGAAGAGGUUAAAAACCAAAAAGGCUCUGGUUGUUAUCGAGAGUAGUGAUGAAGAAUGAAGAUUGAAGACGCUUAGUGGGAUCCUUUCUGAGCUCUUUUCUUCUCUAACCCUUUUAGGUUCUCUUUUUGUUUUUUGACAUUUUUUUGG